UAGAUUUUAGUGGGCUGCGCCGUUUUACGGCGCUCCUAGGGAUUUAGGCCCUUGAAGGCCGCCAUUUCAGAGGCUUAUCUAAGGGGGCCACGUGUCAAGAGGAUAUUGGGCCACUUGGGCCCUCCUAAGCUCAUCACGUGGCCUCCUCUCAUUGGUCCACUUGUCUAGGGUAUUUUUACCCUAAACAUUUGCCCCUCAUAGGGGUCACAUGCAUGUCACGUGGGGCCUAUGACACGUGUCCACCUAUCAGAGGUGAACAGUAACAACGGAUAGUAAAAUUCAAAUUUCAAACGGGAAUGCCCCCGUUUUCACCUUCUAUAAAUAGAAGUUUACCUACCCCUUUUUCUCUCACUUCAUUUUCAUUUGACUUUCUAAAGAGAAAGAGAGAUUUUUAGAGAGAGAUUCUCUGCCUCCGUCCGCGUCAAAGUUUUUCGGAUUUCCGUGUGCUAACGUUGCAACACCCGGUUCACCAUCUGUAGUUGUUUUCAGAUUUAUCAGAACUAAAGUAAGGUAACCGCCUGUACCAUCUUUAGCUUUUCUCCUUUUCAACUUGUAUAUAUUCUUUCUCCGCCUGUAUACAUAGUGUAGAAAUAAAAAUGAGUUCUCAAUCCACACACUCGGCACUGCCUAGGACACUCAGCCGGUCCCCUGGAACGGCUGAGUCUAGAACAGGGGGUGCCUUUUUUGGACUGUGAGAAUCGAUGUGCUCAUCUCAGAAUUCCUCCCUCUCUAUGUAUGUGCAGGACACAAUGGCCAGAAUGAAACAGAUGGCCAGAAGGUCUAGGAGCCGGCGCACUAUGUCAGUGUCAGCCGAUGAGGUUGUUCCGGAUGGGGAACAUGAGGAUUUGGAGGAGAGCGGUUCUGAAGAGGCUCCCUCUACUUCCGGGAGCUCAGGCGUACGGGAGGAAGGAGGUGAGGAAGCCGCCACCUCUAAUGGAUCCGGCGGUGAUGAGGUCGGUGAAGGGUCAAGGGCUGAAUCUUGUGGCUCUGACCAGGAUAACUUUGCGGCUGACUAUCAGCAGCGGCCUUAAGUCGCUGACAACCCUAACCCUAAAAGGACUAGAAAGCUGCCGGGGACAUUGCCCUGUUAAAGAGCGGCUUUAGGGCUUUCAAAGAGAAGCACCCCUUUGGAAAGGGGUGGGAUAUUAUCGUCCUGCCUGCUGACGCAGUAAUGGCAUGGGACGAUGACAUAGAUAAUGCAGACCAUUACAUUGUCUACUACGAGGCGGUCAUAGAAGCCGGCCUUCGGUUCCCCCUCUAUACCGGGAUUAGGAAAAUCCUGAAGGGGUAUGAUCUAGGAGUUUGGCAGCUCACCCCCAACUUAUGGGUGAACAUUUUGAGUUACAUCACCGCCUGCGAGCUCCAGAACAUAAGUCCCAGCUUCUCCGCCUUCGCUCAUAUGCAUUACUUGAGCAAGGCACCAGGCGGUCAUGGGGCAUGGUACACUCUUUCCACCUUGCCCCAGUAUUUGAUGAGUUUGGAUAAGGUGUCCAAAUGGUCUGGGUGGAAAGAUAAGUUUUAUUUGAUUUCCUCUCCAACUCUGAGACACAACCGGACACUGCGCUGGUACUACACGGAACCGACUCUUCUGGGCAGGAAGUGCCCUCUCCCGGAGCUAUCUAAUAAGGCCCGGGAGCAAAUAAUGGAGCCGGGUUUAUUUGAAACCACUACUGAGCCCAUGGGGGAUGGGACUCAUAUUAUAGUUCCCAAAAAUUGGAUCCCCCACCCGGACUACUUCAAGGACGAAUGCUUCUUGUCCGCCUGUGGGUUAAGUCUCAUGUUCCCCAAGGCCGACGCCUUGAAGAUGGUUGAUCCGGCCAAAACUCCGGCUAAGUCGGCGGCGCUGCUGCGCAAGGAGGCUGCUAUUGCAAGGAAAGCAGCCAUUAAAGCGAAAGAGUCCAAGAAGGGCGGGGACUCUGUAAAACGCGUGCCACGAUCCUUCUCCAAGCUUUUCAAAAGGCAAGGAGAAGAUCUGGGACUCCGGCUGCGAAGGCCGCUAGAAAGGACCCUCCCCGGUCAACCUCUACUGCCCAAACCGGUCGUCCCACGACCAGUGGCAAAUCCCCUGCUGCAAUGAAAAUUCUGAGCGAAGGCUCGGAGCGUUCGUAGCAGAAAGCGUCGGAUGCCUCCACGACAUCGAAGGGUGGCCCGCCACCUAAUGUUGCAGCCGGUGCGGCAACAACCGGGGGGGAAGAGACUCCUACGCCCCAUCCGAAUACCCAAGGUAAGGGAAAGAUUGAAAUACCUUGGCCACUUCAUGAGAGUCAAGACUAAGGUAGACCCCUCCGGGGGUUCAGUCAGCAGCCGACAACGGAUGAAUGCCAACUAUGCUGCUUCCUUCUCACAAAGUAAUUCUACUUUUGGUGCAGAUCUUACAUCCGACGAGCCGGAUCUUGCUGGUUUCACAAAACGGAUGGUGAGGACCCUCACCCGGUCAGAGAAGAAUUCAAUACCUUAUCUGCAGGUAGUGGACUUCGACCGAAUAAUGGGCCAGUUGGCUGAGGUAAAGAAUCCCACAACCCUGAUAUCUUUUCUUUAUUUUAACUAAGUAUAUCAUAAUCCGGCUGUUCUUUUCCCGGGUAAUGCUGAGAGUGGACGGACUCCGGGGCCCCUUUAGGCGGAAACAGGAAGAGGUAAAUGACGUCAAACGGAGGGCCCUUGAAAACCUCAACUCUGUUGAAUAUGCUAAUUAUAUGUGUGAUUUAGAGAUUAAAGCAAUAGAGUUGAAACUGGAGGAGCUGAUCCGGAGCUUGACGGCUGCAAACAAUGAGGCCACUAGCCGGGCUAAUGACCUUGAGCAAAAACUGAAGGAUGCUCAAUCUGAACUCAAGGCAUUAGAAGAUGCUGACAAAGAAAAUACCAAACUCUAGGCAGAUGUCUCCCGACUGGGGGUUGAGAUUGUCACACUACGGAUCAAGUAGUCGGACGAGAUCGCUCAGGAGCAAAAGCGGCUGAUGGAGGAAAAUGAGCGGGACAAUGCAGCCCGCCUGAAGAUCACUUGGAGCCUCCUCUACCCAGAUAUAGACUUUGAAGUCUAUAAACUUAGGUAUGAUUACGCCACUGAGGUGUAUGAUGCCCAAGUGCUGGGUUAGGCUCCUCCGCGUCGCUUCCAAGACUGGGCUGCCGAGCAAGGGUAUGAAGUGUCGGACAAUGAGGAGCCGGCGGAGGUAGAGCAAAACGAAGGUAAUUAGCCUCAAGUAGCUGAUAACCAAUCUGAAGCCCUCCCAACCGGCCACGACCAGUCGGAACAGCAGCUUCCACCUCAGCCUUAGGCGAGCCUCCCCAAAUUCAGCGGCAGUAUGUCAAUUUCUUUCUUUUCCGGCUUGUAUGCCGAGUAAUGUUGCAUUUUUACCAAAUGUGGAGUUGGGUAACAAUCAUUUUCUUUUGCUUCUUCUCCGGAUGUUAUUCCGGCUAACAAUUAUUCUGGCCUUUGUGCCCUUUUUAUGAAGUAUUCCGACUUAGUCGGUUAUUUAUAUAUAUUUGUGUUUGUUUG